CUUUCUUUGGCUUCCUGGGGGAGUUCGGACUGGUAGUAAGGAGGAUAAUGUUAUACAAUUAGCCAUUGUACUCCCAUUCCAGAUUGGAAGUAGGAUAGGGAUCAGGUUUAUGAAUCGUUUCAGGACCUGAUUAACUGGACCCUGCUGAGACAUCGAGAGUCAUUGUCUUCAUUGUCAUAGUCAUCGUGCGUAAAUCUCUCUCUCUCUCUCUCUCUCUCUCUCUCUCUCUCUCUCUCUCUCUCUCUCUCUCUCUCUCUCUCUCUCUCUCUCUCUCUACGAAACAAACUGUUGCCACGACUGCUCGGAAAACUGGCUGUGCGACUCAGCGCAGUACUUCCGCGUUAUACACCUGCACCAGGUAAAGGCUCGGCCGCACACCUGGAUGCACCUGCAGAGCGCAGAGCGCAGCACCUGCGUCGACCGUUUCCAACCCGAAUAAACCUCAGGAUUUAUUUUACCAACUUUAUUUUUUUUUGUAUUGAAAAAGUGGCUUAUUUUUUGGCUUGGAAAGCAAAGCGCAGUCAUGAGUGAGGAUUACGGGAUUUGUGAACUGGCCGUGGUGUCGUUACGGGACAACGAAAACGAACCAGAUUAUGGAAUUCAGCUCAGUCAUGAAGGACACAUAAACACCACGGACAUGCGCUUUAAACAACCUGAAGACUCCCGUAUAGCCAUUUUCGAAAGCAAAUUUGGUUACAAUAAUGGCACGACGAAUGUCGGGUCUUCUACAGGUGCGUCUGGUACCGGUGGUGACGUGAAGGUGUGCGCUGCGCACGGGGUAGACGUGGACCGGUACUGUAGGACGGAAGGAAGAGCGAUUUGCGAGAAGUGCGUUAGCCAAGGACCUUGUCAAAAUCACACAGUCAUACAUCUGCAUUUAAGAGCGACGGCUGUAAGGAAUCAGCUGGUGGAUGUCUGUGAGACAAUGCAACUGCAAGCCCUGCAGAUAGAGCGCUUCAUAAACAACACGCUGUCUGCAAAAGAGAAGGCCUUACAGACAGAGGCGAGUAGUUCCCGUGAGCGAGUCGUGGCCCAGGUGAAUGUCGUACGUGAAGCUCUAGAUGAGGAGGAGCAGCGUCUGCUGGAGGCUGUGCAGAGAGAGGAAGAGCGAAUAGAGCAGUGCCUCCUCACACAGCGGGCACACUGGUCAAAGGCGCUCAACACCCUCACACAUGCCCGCACAAGCCUGGUGCACAUGCUCACAAACUCGACAGACAUCAUGCUUGUGAACAAGAACUCCGAAAUAUCAGACAGGAUCGAGGAGGCAGAAGGCGUUGGGCUGCCCAAAGACUCGGAGCACCUGAAUAUGAACAGGGACUGCAGUGAUAGUAAACUCAUGCUGGGCAUGUGGGCUAGCGCGCUGCUGCUAGGAACGACCGCUGCAGCUCGGAUGUACUUUGAUGAGCGCACCGUCAGCCAUCUCCUUCUACUAUCCUCUGACCGGCUCACCCUCACUUACCGGCCGAAGAAGCAGAAGAAGCCUAUUCUAUAUGACCCAGCUCGUUUUGACCACUGGCCCAAUGCCCUCUGCCUCGACCCCAUCAGUUCGGGCACGCACACCUGGGUGAUGUACGUGGGUGACAGCGCCGCCUUUAAAGUGGGCAUCUGCUACCGCAGCAUGGAACGUAAAGGCUCGAGCAACGAAUCUCGUCUAGGUUUCAAUGCCAAAUCCUGGGUGCUCUCACACUACGAAGGAAACUUUUCAUACUGCCACAACGGGCGGGUUGUCAACGUGGUCGUAGUGAAGAGUCCCACAAAAGUGGGUAUGCUGCUGGACUGGAACACACAAACACUGCUGUUCUAUGAUCCAGACUCAAAGUGUGUGUUGCACGCUGUAAGGGAAACUUUUACUGAGCCACUGCUGCCUGCUUGCGCUGUGGCUGAUCAAAGCAUAUCGAUUGUGCACUGCUAAUAUCUAUCAUCGUGUUCACCGAGUCUUGUCAGAAAUGAAGGGUAAAUUUAACAGGAUCGAAUGCAUUGCCUGUUCGUCCUGUCUCCACAGUCUCGAUCUGCAGUGCAGGUGUGGCUGCUGGUAUUUAAAUAUAUUUAAGGGAUGAGAUUUGAACAUGGCAGUGAAUAUGUAGCUUUAGUACAUAGAAACAGAAAUAUAUCCAAAAGAACCUUGAAUGGCUGGGAAUAAGGGCGAAAGGAGGAGUUGGUAUAACUUUUGAAGGUAUAAAAAUAUCUGCAAAAUCUCAUGUUCUAAUUGAGUAUGAAGUGGAUCGGUACCAUUGUAAUAUUUCAGAUGAAAUAUUUAGGCUAUUUUUUGGAUGCAUUUCUUUUGAUGAAUUGUCUGUAUUGUUACAGAUUUAUAUAAAUGGUCGUUCUUAGUCACGAUAAUAAUGUAAAUAUAAAAACUUACAAAACUGUAUGAGUUUUGGGGAAAAGUGAACUGAAAUGAAGUGAUCUGACAUCUGUGCAUGAUGUAGUUUACUUGAUUGAUUUGGAAAAGUGUACAAUGAAAGUGUCAUUUUUUUCUAUUUAUUACCGUAUUUGAAUAUAGACAUAAUGAUUGUAGUCUUCUGUGUUUUGUUUAACAAGAUUAAAUUAAAUUGAUUGUUAUUCUUAGUUCCUGAGUUUCAUAAUGGUAUUUGUACAUUUUUCAGAUAGGAUACAGUAUAUAUAUAUAUAUAUAUAGAUAGAUAGAUAGAUAGAUAGAUAGAUAGAUAGAUAGAUAGAUAGAUAGAUAGAUAGAUAGAUAGAUAGAUAGAUAUGUUUUUAUUGCAUUAACAUUGCACAUUAUUACAAGGAAAGAUUUACUAAGAAAACAUUACAUUCAUUUUUUUAUUCAAAAAUAUCUGGCAAACAUUUUAGGUACGAAUAAUUCUAACUUUACAAUAAGGUAAUAAAAGCUGAUUGUGUAGUAAAAUUAAGUAUGCGGUAUUUUCCAUUCGUGCGUCUCGUGGUUGUUGUCAUCAACUUCCAGCAGAAUUAAGAGAUCAUUCUUUAAAAUAAAUAAAUAAAUAAAUAAAUAAAUAAAUAAAUAAAUAAAUAAAUAACCAACCAAACAAACAAAUAGAUAAAUAUAUAUUGUUGCUGGAAUUUCAGGAAUGCCAUCAUGAUGUUUAAAAUGCUCAUAAAUUAGUGUCAGGAUUGUAUCACAGAGUAAUUUUGUGUAGAAGUAUUGUUUCAUAUGUUCAUUUUGUCCUAUUUGUCCUAUUUGUUCUGGUGGUUUUUUCAUCUGCUGCUUAGGGACAGAAGAUGAAAAUGAGUCAAUUUGCUAAAUCCCACAACUCGUUAAUCCUGAUGUCGAUGAAUGUGUCAUAUCUGUGUUAAAUAAAGGAAUUAAUAAAGUCAAAUGGAAGCUAACA